AAUAUAAGUAGCCAUGGGACCAUUGCAGUCUUGCUUUUCCUCCUCCAGAACCCAUUAAAACCCUUACGGAGAUAUUAGAGGCUCUCUACACCAGCCUUUGUUUUUGUCACGGUUGUUCAUUCUCUGAUAUCUUUCGAGGUUUCUGUAUUGCCCAUGGAAGCACUUUCGAGCUCAGUUUUUUCUUCGAGGCUCAUAGAGAGUUACCUGACUGUUCAAUCGGCGCCCUUUUCGAUCAAAUCCUCGACAAAGCCAAGUGGGUCUAUCAGAAUCUGCGAGAAUUUGGAAACAAGACGGUUUUCUUGGAAGGAUCGGGGUGCGGGUAAAGUAUUACCAUUUGGGCUUCGAGUUCGAGCGCUUACUCGGGAGAUUUCAGACGAGGGAGAAGAGGGGACAUCGGGAAAUGAGAUUAGUUUGAUUCCUGAAGAAGGUUCGUCUUCAUCUUGGUUAGAGUCAAUGCAUCGAUAUAGAAAAUGGCUACUUCAACAUUGUUGUGAUGGCAUCUGUCAUAUUCUGAAGGGUAAUUCAGUUCAAAAUGGAAGUAGUGAAAAAGGUGAAGAUGAAAAUGCAAAGAUAGUAUUACCUUUUACAAUUACAAGUGGAAGUGGAACAAGUGGAGGUUCAAGAGCUGGCCUUUUCAGAACACCAAUUUCUGGUGGUGUUCAGAGUGCAACCUCUGCUCAUGGUUUACCUCGACCAGCAUUGGCAGUUCGCAAUCUGAUGGAACAGGCCAGAUUUGCUCAUCUCUGCACUGUAAUGUCUCGGAUGCACCACCGGCGAAUGGGAUACCCAUUUGGUUCGCUAGUAGAUUUUGCAGCAGACUCUAUGGGCCAUCCAAUCUUUUCAUUUUCACCACUGGCUAUCCACACACGGAAUCUGUUGGCAGAUCCUAGAUGUACGCUUGUUGUACAGAUACCUGGAUGGAGUGGGCUAUCAAAUGCAAGGGUCACAAUUUUUGGUGAUGUUUUCCCACUUCCUGAACAUCAGCAGGAAUGGGCUCAUAAGCAGUAUAUUGCAAAACAUCAACAAGGAGCUUCCCAGCAAUGGGGAAAUUUUUACUAUUUCAGGAUGCAAAACAUAAGUGAUAUAUAUUUCAUUGGAGGCUUUGGCACUGUUGCUUGGGUAGAUGUCGAGGAAUAUGAGAGUCUUCAACCUGAUAAGAUUGCAGUUGAUGGAGGGGAGCAGAAUCUAAAGGAACUGAACGCAAUCUUCUCCAAACCACUUAGAGAGCUCUUGUCAACUGAGACAGAGAUAGAUGAUGCUGCUCUCAUAUCAAUUGACAGUAAAGGCACUGAUAUCCGUGUUCGUCAAGGUGCACAGUUCAACAUUCAGAGGCUAUCUUUUGAAGAAGGACAUGCAGUAGAAACAUUAGAGGAAGCCAAGGCAGCCCUUCAUAAACUAAUAAGAAAAGGUUGCAGGUUAAGAUUACAUGAUAAAAGUUGUGAAGUUGUUUAGUAGUAUGUUAUUCUUCAUGACAUGAUAGCUCUGAAAUCCUGCAAAGUGAGAUGCAUAAUUUGGAUUAGCGCCUCUAUACUUGUCAAAACUUCAGUAGUAUGUUUUUCUUGCUCUUUUUGAACUUCACUUGUAAUUUUAAAUGUGUGGGAGUCCAUGUGUGCUUCACAUACUGAACUCCCCUUGGAGUAUUUCCUUUAGGAAGACAGAAAUAAAAGGCUUGUUCUUUCCAUUAAGUAUUAUGAGUUCUCAUAAUGUAAGGUUCAAAACAUUGUUAUAUAUCAUAUCGUAUGCUUGAGGCACA